AAACAAAAGUCAAUCUGAUUUUAAGUUUGUUAAAGAAAAGAUAUUAACGUAUUUAUCUAAUUCGAUGAAAAUGGCAUCUUCCAAGUGGAUCUUUACCAUCGCAUUGUUCGUUAUCGUCGCCGCUGUCUUACCAAAUGUUGCUGAGGCCCAAAGAGGUCGACCCGGCCGACCAGGAAGGCCCGGACAAGGAAAUCAAGGUGCUGCUGAUUGCCCACAAAUUUGCCCUGCACUUUACAGUCCCGUGUGUGUCACUCUGACAAAUGGCAGUAAAAUGUCUUUCUCGAAUUCCUGUGAACUAAAUGUUGCCGUUUGCACAAAGCGAGUUCCUGGAGUUAGAUCUCAACAGCCUGGUGAUUGCUGAUACUGAUACUUGAUCAGUUAAUUAAGCAAUAUUUAUAGAAAAUAUUUAAAUCAUAUGCGCAUAAUUUAUUAAAAUAAAGAAAUUUGAUACCGAA